UCACCGUUGGAUGGCGAGCUACGACGUUUGUGUUCGGUGACGCAGGGGCGUCAUCGGUCGGCAAGCGGAAAAGCGGUAGUGUGUUUCUGUUUGCGAGGAUAAAACCAAAGCGGGCGCGUUGUUAUUACCACAAGAAGCUUCACACGUAGACACGAAAACAUUAGCUUUUUCACUGGGAGCGGAAAUGGCGGUUCCUGCAGGUUCAGCGGAGCUGCAGAUGGACAGAGGCGCCCUGAGCGACCAGACAGUUUCCUCUGAAAACAACAUUGACAUCGACCAGAGAGAGUUGGAAAAUAUCACAAAGAAACACCGAGAAGGUGACACCACAACGCUGCCUCUGCACUCACCCUGGACGUUUUGGCUGGACAGGUCGUUACCGGGGACAACGGCUGCCGAGUGUGAGUCCAAUCUGAAGAAGAUCUACACAGUUCAAACUGUUCAGAUGUUCUGGAGCGUCUACAACAACAUCCCGCCAGUCACAGCCCUGCCUUUGAGAUGUAGCUAUCACUUAAUGCGAGGAGAGCGGAGGCCACUAUGGGAAGAAGAGAGUAAUGCAAAAGGAGGAGUAUGGAAGAUGAAAAUACCAAAAGAAAGCACUUCUGCAGUUUGGAAAGAGUUGUUACUUGCUACUAUUGGGGAGCAGUUCGCAGAUUACUGUGCCUCAGACGAUGAGGUUGUUGGUGUCAGCGUGAGUGUUCGGGAUCGGGAAGAUGUUGUUCAAGUCUGGAAUAGGGAUGCAUCUCUUGCUAAUGAAGCUAAUGUCUUGGGGAAAGUCUAUGAGCUUCUGCCACAUAUAUCUUUUAAAGCCGUUUUUUAUAAAUCUCACAUGGAACAUCAUGCCUUUGAAGGAGGACGUUCAAGACAUUAGAUUGUGAUGCACUUUGUUUUUUUGUUUUGUUUUGUUUUGUUUUUUAGUAAUCUCAACGCUGUAACUGCCUGGACAUAAAGGCACUGUCCACAGUGUAAUCAAGAAUAUUAUUUUGCAUUCAACAAGAUAAUGUUAUCAAUAUAUUUUUAUAAAUUUUAAUGACGGAUGCCUUUUCCAUUCUUUUCCGUGUUGACAUGGCUCCCGGUGCUCUGAAUUUGUCAGAGAAUGUGUCAAGCAAAAGCCUCGCUGAGCCGUGUCGGAACAGAUUUCAUUUUGUCUGCAGUUUUAGCUCCUGGCAGUCCUGACUUCCUCCUAUACUGACCUGCACUGUCCUGGUCCUCUCCUCUGCACAGCUUACGGACCUCACUCUUUAGCCCUGGUAUAGAGGUAGCAACUACACAAAUCUCACUACUUUUUAACAGUUUAAUCAUGUUUCAUUUUUCUUCAUAAGUUUUUUUUUUUUUGUAGAGUUGUUUUAAACAAGUCAAUAUAUUUAGUGCCAAAGCACUUUUUCGCAGUUGAGAAAGUUUGUAUUCUACUGAUUAAAGUAUUUCGCCUGGCCGGACUUUGCGGUGAAUGUCUGUGGACUUUCUGACGGUUUCAUCAAUCGUACAUCAAACUUGCAUCAGUGUAACAUUCGGAGAUAUUGCACGAUUACUCAUUCCAGAAACACUGACCCUGAUUUAUGAAGCCAUGAUGUUUCAGUAGAGAAAUGUUCCCAAGAAACGCGUCAGAUUUGAUUUAUGAGGCUUUCUUAUAGCUUUGGUUUGAGUGCAGUUUCCAACAUAAAAGGUGCAUCACCGAGAGCUCCAAAAUGCGUCACGUUUGAUGCAUGUAUGCUGGAAGACCUCCAUUUCCCUAAAAUGUCAUGUUGCACUUCUGCAACUACUUCUCUGCACUUAUUUCUCAUACCAAUACAUCUACAAGUGUGUUUACCUAACUUUACUCUUGUUUGUUUGGAGGAACGGAAGAUAAGGCCAUCCUCUUUUCAUGUUUUGAGUUUUGUAGCUAUAAUUUUGUCCGAUUUCAUGUUUUAAGAAAAUGACAAUAAAAAAAAGUCAAACAUAAUGAAAUGUCAGGUUUCAAUAAAUGAUGGUUAACAUUUU